AUCGACUGUUUUGAAGAAGGACCCCAACAUGUGGAACUGUCUUGAGUAAAAACAUCUCCGUUUGUACAGAAGUUGGUUUGUUUUUGAAAUUAAAACUAGCGUAAAUAUCGCAACAUUUUUGCUUCGGUAAUAUUGAAGAGCACUGUGUUGACGCUUUUAUAAAAAUGUCGUGUUUUAAGGGAGAUGUCGACUUUUGUCCUGAAUGUGGAAACAUUCUUCCACUACCUAGCAGGCUAAAUACGAUCACCUGCCCACGAUGCUCCUUUAAAAUCUCUGUUCAAGACUUCACAAGUCAAGUGAUCAAGUCAUCGGUGAUGUUUAAUCCUUUAGAUCAGAGCUCUGUCGCUGUUGAAAGUGCAGAGGAUGCUGAAUUGAAGGGGCCAGUGAUUGACAGGAAAUGUUCUCGCUGUAAUAAAGAGGGAAUGGUUUAUCAUACAAGACAGAUGAGAUCUGCAGAUGAAGGACAAACUGUUUUCUUCACAUGUAUACACUGCAGGUUCCAAGAAAAGGAAGACUCAUGAGAAAUGUGUUUCUGCUGCUGUUGUCUUUUACAUAUUUUG